AUGAGGUCGAAAUAGCUCUUAAACUUCGAUCUUAAUAAGUUAGGAAAGAGGGGAUUAGGGAAAUUUUUUUGUGAAUAAUGUGGGUCAGGACCAUAAAUAUCUGCAGUAUCUUAUAGCUCAUAUUUGCGAUAAAAAAUUUUGGGAAAACACCUAAUAAAAAUUAAUUAGGAAAAAAUUUGUAACCCAAUUCAAAUUAUGAAGGAUAUAAUUCUUUCAAAUCCACCUUAGUCACAAGAAUAACCCAAUUAUGACUCAGGAAGAGCAACACCCUUUUAAAAUAAACUCUCAAUCAACUUAAGCCAUUAAUAUUGUAAGUUGGAAUAUACCCUCUCUAAAACCAACUACAAUGUAAGUUAUCAAGGAAUAUUAUCCCGACAUAAUAUGUUUGUAAGAAACCAGAUAACAUAUUUAAUCAAGUUCCAACUAUCAUUUUAUUAUAUUUUCUUAUAGUUUCUUUUAAAAAUUAUAGAAUAAAAUCAGACAAUCGUAUGA